GUCUCUGCAGUUUUGAAGCACAUGAAAAGCGUGUAGAUUUGUCUCGUCCUCCACAAAACUUAUUUUUGUACAGUUGUUUUUGUUACACAGAUUGUAGACUGAGCAGAAACCUUGUCUACACACAUACACUGCAGACUAACACCGUGACUGUAUCAUGGCCUCCUCAGAGCUUGCACUUUUGAGUGUGUCAGACAAAACUGGACUGGUGGACUUUGCCAAAAGGCUGGUGGCUGUUGGACUGUCUCUGGUCGCAUCAGGGGGCACAGCCAAAGCCCUGCGAGAUGCUGGUCUGGCUGUCAGGGAUGUGUCUGAGCUGACUGGACAUCCAGAGAUGCUGGGGGGCAGAGUGAAGACCCUUCACCCGGCUGUGCAUGGAGGUAUCCUGGCCAGGAAAACCCCCUCUGACACCGCAGACAUGGAGAAGCUCGGCUACAGCCUGGUCAGAGUGGUGGUGUGCAACCUCUACCCCUUUGUGAAGACGGUCUCUAACCCGAGUGUGACCGUGGAUGAUGCUGUGGAGCAGAUAGAUAUCGGUGGAGUUACUCUUUUAAGAGCUGCAGCAAAGAAUCACGCUCGCGUCGCUAUAGUGUGUGAUCCUGCUGACUACUCACUGGUUGCCGAGGAGAUGGAGAGUUCAGGAGACAAAGAUACAACCCUGGAAACCCGCAGGACUCUGGCCCUAAAAGCCUUCACACACACAGCACAGUAUGACGAAGCCAUAUCUGACUACUUUCGUGGACAGUACAGCCGUGGUGUUUCACAGUUGCCUCUGCGCUACGGCAUGAACCCCCACCAAGCCCCCGCCCAGCUCUACACCCUGCACCCAGCUCUCCCUCUCAAAGUGGUAAACGGUUCCCCCGGCUUCAUCAACCUGUGUGAUGCUCUGAACGCCUGGCAGCUGGUCAGAGAGUUAAAGGGCGCCCUCGGCAUGGCUGCUGCCACCUCUUUCAAACAUGUCAGCCCUGCUGGCGCUGCCGUGGGAGUUCCUCUGAGUGAGGAGGAAGCCAAGGUGUGCAUGGUGCACGACAUGCUAAAGGAUCUCUCCCCGCUGGCAACAGCCUACGCUCGGGCGAGGGGCUCCGACAGAAUGUCCUCUUUUGGAGACUUCAUCGCUGUGUCCGAUGUUUGUGAUGUUCCCACUGCCAAGAUUAUAUCAAGAGAGGUGUCUGACGGUAUCAUCGCUCCUGGUUAUGAUGAGGAGGCCCUCAAGAUCCUUUCCAAAAAGAAGAAUGGCAACUACUGUGUGCUUCAGAUGGAUCCAGAAUAUGAGCCGGAUGAGGCGGAGGUCAGAGUGCUGUUUGGUCUUUAUCUCAAACAGAAGAGGAAUGGAGCGAAGAUCGAUAAGGAGCUCUUCAGCAACAUUGUUUCCAAGGGCUCGCUCUCAGAGGAAGCUGUGCGUGACCUGGCCGUGGCCACCAUCGCUGUUAAGUACACUCAGUCCAACUCUGUCUGCUACGCUAAAGAUGGACAGGUUGUUGGUAUUGGAGCAGGGCAGCAGUCCCGUAUCCACUGCACCCGUCUGGCAGGUGACAAAGCUGAUAACUGGUGGCUGAGACACCACCCUCGGGUCCUAAACAUGAAGUUUCGCAGCGGUGUGAAGCGAGCGGAGAUUGCCAACGCAAUCGACCAGUAUGUCAGCGACACCAUUGGAGAGGGACCAGACUUGGACGUUUGGAAGUCGAAGUUUGAAGAGGUGCCUGAGCCUCUGUCAGAGUCUGAGAAGAAGAACUGGAUCUGCUCCCUGCAGGCCGUGGCUGUCAGCUCUGACGCCUUCUUCCCCUUCAGAGAUAACAUAGAUCGUGCCAAACGGAGUGGUGUUGGGUACAUCGCAGCUCCAGCAGGAUCUGCUGCUGAUCAGGUUGUGAUUGACGCCUGUAACGAGCAGGGCAUUGCUCUGGUGCACACCAACCUGCGGCUCUUCCACCACUGAGCACGUCAGCACUUCUUAAUGUGCUCAUCAAUCUCAACGGUUACGCAUUAUUGGAGUCAACAUCUUUUCCUUACAUUGUUGUUCCUUAAAAACAUUCCACAGUCACAAUGCACUGUUUUGUAACACAUUAAAUGCAUUCCUUACUUUUGAUUCUAACAUAGAGUUACAGUGUACAUGUUCAUUCUAGGUCAAUAAUGUUUCAUUGUGUAAUAAACUAUUAAUGACAA